AUGCUAACCCCCACCUUCCACACUAACCCAUCAUGUCUUCUUCAAAAAGCGAAAUCCGAAGAAGUCGCUCCCUCAACAUCUUCUAACAACAGCAGUACCACCACUCCACCUCUCCAUCGUCGUGCACUAAUUCGUCAAUGCGCAUCCGUGGAGCCGCUUCAAGCGGAGCCCGCGUCUCCAAAACGUCUUCGUCCCAGAAGUCGUUUGGAGAACUUGCGAAACUUUCUCCCGAAACAUUUGCGAAGUGUCACUGUGUCGCCGAGUAAAAUUCGUAGCGAAACGAUGCACAGUUUACACAAUUUGCAUAGUAUUACUGUAGCUACGGUAGCCGAGCCGGGAAUGUUGAAGAAGAGCAUCAGCGAGUUUGUUAUUGGGUACCCUGCCAAUUCAUUUUCGGCAAAAUUUCUGAACAAAAAUUCCUUUUAG